AGUGCAGCUGGAGCCGCCAUGCAGACCACGACGGGGAUGUGCCUGUGUCUGGUGACGGCGCUGGCCUUAGCGGCGUCGGCGGCGACGACCUUCCGGCGCGACCCUGCAAGUUUAGAAGACAAGGUGAUCAGACUACGAAGAAGCCCAGAACCUUUUCGAGACAGUUCAUAUGGAGGCAGCUUUUCUUCGAGUUCAAGUAGCUCUUCAUCUAGCAGUGGCUUAGGAAGUUUCGGAGAUGACAUUUGGAAAAGUAGCAGUAAUUCCAAAAGUUCAUCGUCAUCAGGUGGAUUUGGUGGCUCAUCGCAAAGCGGUUCCUACUCAUCAAGUAGCAGCAAAGGGUUUGGCGGAAACAGUGGAAGUUCAUCCCAGAGCAGCUCUUCGUCAUCCGCGGGUGGUGGAAAGGGUGGUAGCGCAUCUCAGAGUGGGUCUUCAUCCUCAGCAGGAAGUGGUGCUGGUGGAAUUGGAGGGGGUCUUGGGGGACCAGGUGGCUCCAUAGGAGGAGGUAAUGCUGGUGGUAUAGGUGGGGGCCAUAGUGGACCAGGUGGUCCCAUAGGAGGAAUAGGUGGCGGCCAUGGGGGACCAGGUGGUCCCGUAGGCGGAAUAGGCGGAGGCCAUGGGGGACCAGGUGGUCCCAUAGGCGGAGGCAAUGCUGGUGGUAUCGGAGGAGGUUUCGGGAGUGGAGGUGGCUCAUUUGGUGGAAGUGCAGGAGGUGGUAAAUAUGGUGGAAGUGGUGGUAGCUCUUCUCAGAGUGGUUCUUCGUCCUCUGCGGGAGGUAGUUUAGGUGGAAGCCAGGGUCAAGGAGGUUCACUGGGAGGAGGUCACUCAGGUGGUGUUGGAGGAGGCAAUGGUGGCUCAGGUGGUUUUGGAGGAGGAAAUUCUGGUGGUUUUGGAGGAGGUAAUGCAGGGGGUAUAGGUGGAGGUCAUGGUAUUGGCGGUGGUUUGUCAGGAGGAAGUGGAGCUGGAGGAAAGUAUGGUGGAAGUGGUGGUAGCUCUUCUCAGAGUGGUUCUUUGUCCUCUGCGGGAGGUGGUUUAGGUGGAAGCCAGGGUCAAGGAGGUUCACUGGGAGGAGGUCACUCAGGUGGUGUUGGAGGAGGAAGUGCUGGUGGUUUUGGAGGAGGACAUGCUGGUGGUUUUGGAGGAGGACAUUCUGGGGGUUUUGGAGGUGGUAAUGCAGGGGGUAUAGGUGGAGGUCAUGGUAUUGACGGUGGUUUAUCAGGAGGAAGUGGAGCUGGAGGAAAGUAUGGUGGAAGUGGUGGUAGCUCGUCCUCUGCGGGAGGUGGUUUAGGUGGAAGCCAGGGUCAAGGAGGUUCACUGGGAGGAGGUCACUCAGGUGGUGUUGGAGGAGGCAAUGGUGGCUCAGGUAGUUUUGGAGGAGGAAAUUCUGGUGGUUUUGGAGGUGGUAAUGCAGGGGGUAUAGGUGGAGGUCAUGGUAUUGAUGGUGGUUUGUCAGGAGGAAGUGGAGCUGGAGGAAAGUAUGGUGGAAGUGGUGGUAGCUCUUCUCAGAGUGGUUCUUCGUCCUCUGCGGGAGGUGUUUUAGGUGGAAGCCAGGGUCAAGGAGGUUCACUGGGAGGAGGUCACUCAGGUGGUGUUGGAGGAGGCAAUGGUGGCUCAGGUGGUUUUGGAGGAGGAAAUUCUGGUGGUUUUGGAGGUGGUAAUGCAGGGGGUAUAGGUGGAAGUCAAGGUAUUGGUAGUGGUUUAUCAGGAGGAAGUGGAGCUGGAGGAAAGUAUGGUGGAAGUGGUGGUAGCUCUUCUCAGAGUGGUUCUUCGUCCUCUGUGGGAGGUGGUUUAGGCGGAAGUCAGGGUCAAGGAGGUUCAUUGGGAGGAGGCCACUCCAGUGGCUUUGGAGAAGGAAGUGCUGGUGGUUUUGGAGGAGGACAUGCUGAUGGAAUUAAUGGAGGUAUUGGUAGUGGAAGUGGUUCAUCAGGAGGAAGUGGUAGCUCGUCUCAGAGUGGUUCUUCAUCAUCUGUAGGUGGUGGUGUUGGUGGUGUUGGAGGAGGUCAUGGAGGUCAUAGUGGCUCUAUAGGAGGAGGACAUGCUGGUGGUAUUAAUGGAGGACUAGUAAAUGAAGGUGGCUUUUUAGGAGCAACCAAUGGUGGAUCAGGUAGUAGCAGUUCGGCCGAGAGUAGCUCUAGUGCUGGCAGUGGCGGUUUUGGAAAUUCUGGUGCUUCAAGUAGUAGUUCUAGUAAGGCUCAGUCUGGAAGUAGUGGUUUUGGAGCAUCUGGUAGUCAGUCAAAAAGUUCUUCAUCAAGUUCCACCAAGGGAGGCUCAUUUGGAGGGCCGGGACACAAGCACGGCACGGUGCUGCUGUCGAGGUUCGGCGGCGGCGACGACGAAGGGAGUCCGUCCUCGGUCGGCGGCAGCGGCACCUCCUCGGGCAAGGGCGUGUUCUCGUCGUCCAGCUCCGCCAUAGACAACUCCGGCAAGGUGUCGUACAGCGCCCACGCCGGCAAGAUACCGUAGGCUCGCCGCGUCCCAGUCCCCGCGUGCCAAGCGCUGAGAGAAAAAAAAAAUGCACGCUCGGUGGAACCAAAAACUCUGAGCCAACAACACCUUCCGAGACCUACGUCUGACGUACGUUUCACGUAAUGCAACUCAUGGAACUGUUUAAAAAAAAAAAAAAAACUGCAGAACUUUUUGCAGGCGAUACUGAGUUUUAGUUAGUAUACUGCUCACGUAAACCCGUUUCAAAAUCGUGUUCUGUGGUAUUUCCUCCCUGCUUAUUUUUCUCAGUGCACUACGGGUUUUCGGGAGCGGUUUUUACAGUGGAGAAGGAUCAUUUGGUGCUAUACAUGCUAAUUAUCAGCUUAUAUUAUUCCUUCAUAACUUAAAAAAAUAAUAAUACACCUCUGGGUGUGAAAAAAAGAGAAGAAAUCCCGGAGGCAAAGAAAACAUUUUGAAGAGGAUUAAGAGAAUGGACGAAAUCGUUCCUGGAGCUAUCAAUAGCUCGCAUCUGCUUAUGCAUUGUAAAUAUUACAGAAAUUAUUAGUGUCAGGAAUUGUGGUAAACGCCAUACAUUUAUCUUGCUUGCUUGUUGUUCUUAUUGUUUUUCUGAACACUUAUUAAUUGAGUAUAGUUUUUAAAUUGCAUUUAGUAGAAAUAUAAAUGUAUUUCUCAAAAACAUCUCCAUCACCAGUCAUCGGGGCGGCGUUUGCAUGCCAAUGCGAAUAGCAUGAGCGCCAACAUCCGUCACGAAGACAGCGAGGGAGUGAAGAUUUUAAUCCACCAUUAUUUAGUGAACGAUUACGUCGUUACGAACCCACUCGACGAGAUCACUUGGUUUCACAAAUCAAUCUUCGUUGAUUCGUUUGAAACAAUGCUCUUGAAGCCAUGUACUAACUGCUUUGCAAUUUACUAUGUCGUGCCUUUAUGAAAUGUGCUAUGAAAUAAACCAAAGUUCACCCAAA